AUGGAUGGUAGAAAGUCACGACCUUCGCAAGGUCAAGAGUCAAGUUCAAAUUGGAGGUCAAGAAACCAAGACCAAUCCAAUUCACCUAAAACAACCCCAAGUAACCAGGUUAAACCUAAAUGCAAUCAUUGUAAAUCUCCUUCCCAUUCAGAAGACGAUUGUUGGCUUAAAUAUCCUGAAAAACGACCCAAAAGGGAUAAUCAAAAUAAAGCCAACAACGUUGAGGUGGAAGAACAAUUAAGCGAAGGAAGGAUGUUCGAUACUGGUGCUUGUACCAGUCUAAUAAGCAAGGACCUCGCUGUUAGACUGAAGCUAUAUGCUUAUCCCUACAAACUGAAAUUUCAAUCAGCAAAUCAGAAUGUGAUAGACUGUAAUUGGUUUGUGCCGCUGAAAGUUUACAAUGGAGAUGAACCUAAGCUUAUUGCAGCCUAUGUGAUAGAUGACCUUUCAAAUGACAUCUUAUUAGGUGAAAACAUUAUAAAAGCUACUCAUCUAAUCAUUGUAUCUAAGGGCUUGGAUAAACCUUAUGAGUUAAAACACCAAAAUCUGAAUAGUGAAUACAGAUUAAAAAUGGAAAUUCCUGAUUUGAAAGAAAUUGAAUUGAUGUUACAAAAAUGGUAUAAAACAAACUAUGAUAUGAGUAGAUUGCAUUACAAUGAAGAUGCUUCAUUACUAAUCAACAAAAUUGAAGAAUUUCAAGAUUCAACAAUUGAUUUUCCAGAAGAAAUCUCAAAUUUAGAUCAUAAACUGUAUCAACAAAUCAACAAAGAACUAUGUGAAAGUGAUAAAUUGAAAAUUCAUCAAAUAUUGAUGGAGGAAAGAGGCUCUUUUUCCUCAACUAAAUUUGAUUUAGGUUGUGUUCCUGCCGAAUUUACAAAGUUCAAAAUCGACAUUGGAAAUAAACCAAUUCCUAAAUGUAGACCUUUUCGUUCAAGCGAAAAGAUGAGAAGUGAAAUAAGAAAAAUAAUCAAAGAUUUUAAAGAAAAUGGUAUUAUCGAAGAUUCGGACAUUGGUGGAGGAGCUCCAGCAUUUGUCGUCCCGAAACCCAAUGGAACGUGGCGAAUGGUCACUUCAUAUGUCGAAUUAAACAAAUUAGUGCAAAAGAGAAAAUUUCCUAUGCCUAACAUCGAUGACGCAAUAAACCAAUUAAAGGUAACAAAUACUUUACAACCUUAG